AUGGCAUUGUUAAAAUGUAAUACAAAUUAUAUCGCAGUUGGCUCGGUGACUGCUUUUUGCGAGUCAAAUUCUAAAUGGAACAAAAAAAUAGGUAAAUGUGUUCCGUUGGAUUCUGGUAAACCGUGCUCACAAAUCGAAAAUUUUCCUGGUACCAUUCAUUAUAUGACGCCUUAUACGACCAAGGAAGCACCACUAACUAAGCUUGUUUCCGGUACGAGAGCCAUCUUUAUAUGUGAUCCGGAUUUUACAGUAAAAGGUGAAUCUCAGUCAUUAUGUUUCGAUGGUAGAUGGUCUGCAGAGCCGCCAAAAUGUGUAUCAAUUUGGUCAGGAUAUUUCCUUAUAAAUGCAAAGUAUUGUGAGCCAAUCAAAGUGAAUAAUGGCACAGUAAUAUACAGUGGUACUACAAUUGAUGAUUCCAAAUAUGAUCUUAACACAAUAGCAGUAGUGAAAUGUGAUCCAGAACACGUUUAUUCCGGAUCAUCACAACAUGUUUGUAUGGGAUAUGGUAAAUGGUCCGGUCGUUUGGGACUUUGUAUUGAAAAGUGA